CCUCCCGGCGAAAGGGGCGGGACUUGGGCGGGGGAGGCGGCUGGUGAAGCGGAGCGGCCAGCCAUGGAGCCGGGCUCUGGAGCCGCGCCGACAAGAUCCCUUCUGACCGUGCCACACCAUGCCCCUCAGUCUCUUCCGGCGCCUUCUCCUCGUCGCCCUGCUGUUGGUGAUUGUCUGGACCCUAUUUGGGCCCUCGGGCAUCGGGGAAGAGCUGCUGAGCCUCUCGCUAGCCUCCCUGGUCCCUGCCCCUGUCUCGCCUGGGCCGCCCCUGGCCCUGCCCCGCCUCUUGAUCCCCAACGAGAAGCUGUGUAGUGGUCCCGUUGCCCCUCCCUUCCUGCUAAUCCUAGUGUGCACGGCCCCAGAGAACCUGAACCAGAGAAAUGCCAUUAGGGCCUCAUGGGGCGGCCUACGCGAGGCCCAAGGGCUCAGGGUGCAGACUCUCUUUCUACUGGGGGAGCCAAGCUGGCGCCAUCCCACCGGGGACUCCCACGGGAACGACCUGGCACGCGAGUCUGCGGCCCAGGGGGACAUCAUGCAGGCGGCCUUCCAGGAUUCCUACCGCAACCUCACCCUCAAGACCCUCAGUGGGCUCAACUGGGCGGACAAACACUGCCCCAUGGCCUGCUACAUCCUCAAAACUGACGAUGACGUGUAUGUCAACGUCCCGGAACUGGUAUCAGAGCUGGUCCGGCGAGGGGGCCAUUGGGAGCAACAGAAGAGGGGCAUGGAGCCCCAGAAAAAGGCUAAGGUUGGAGAUGAAAAGUGGGAAGGAGGCCCCACCUUGGGGAGCCAGCCAGUGCCUCUUUUGUAUUUGGGCCGUGUGCACUGGUGGGUGCACCCCUCUCGGACACCAGGGGGCAAGCACCAGAUAUCAGAGGAGCAGUGGCCUCCCACCUGGGGCCCCUUUCCCCCCUAUGCCUCAGGCACAGGUUAUGUGCUAUCAGCUUCUGCCGUGCAGCUCAUCCUGAAGGUGGCCAGCCGGGCACCCCCUCUGCCUCUGGAGGAUGUCUUUGUGGGAGUAAGUGCCCGACGAGGAGGCCUCACCCCAACCCACUCUGUCAAGCUGGCUGGUGCGACCCACUACCCUCUGGACCGGUGCUGCUAUGGGAAAUUCCUGCUGACAUCCCACGGGUUGGAUCCCAUGGAGAUGCAGAAAGCCUGGAAGCUGGUGGAUGGCUCUAAUGGUGAAAGAACUGAACCCCACUGCUCCUGGCUCCAGGGAGCACUAGGCAUCCUGCGGUGUCGGGUAAUAGCCUGGCUUUACAGCUGAGAGUGCUUGGGGGCUCACAAGAGGGACGAGGAGUGGAGGGUCCAGCUAGCACCCCCACGAGCUCUCUCCCAGGCCCAAGGCAGGGGCCCUAGCUGGCUGCCCGUGAUCAGCUUCCCCACACCAGACACUCAGUCUGUCACUGAAGACUGAGGGAUACAGGAGAAACCUAGAAGCCUGACCUGCCAGCCCCAAAGAUGGUCAUCAGGAAGAGCAGCACAUGCUGGGUUGUUCUCUCCAGCCAUGGCAGAAGGGGCAUAAGCCCCUCAAUAAACCUGUCUCUCUUCC